UCUCGCGCGAUACUUGAUAUCAUAUUCUGACCUGUCUGCGCAUCACCGCAUGAGAUCAAACACGUUUUAGCUCUCGUGAAACUGAACAGCAUGGCAACUAUGGAGGCACGUAAAGUAAUUGUUUACGGAGGUAAAGGAGCUCUGGGUACAGCAUGUGUACAUCACUUCAGAGCUAAAAACUGGUGGGUUGCCUCUAUUGAUCUUAAUGCAAAUGAAGAUGCAAAUGCCAACGUUACUGUAAAGAUGACAGAAUCCUUCACUGAGCAGGCCAGCCAGGUGACAGCUGAUGUUGGUGAGCUGUUGGGUGAAGAGAAGGUGGAUGCCAUCUUGUGUGUGGCCGGAGGUUGGGCAGGGGGCAGUGCCAAAGCCAAAGCUCUCUAUAAGAAUGCUGAUCUGAUGUGGAAACAGAGUGUGUGGACCUCCACGAUUUGCAGUCACCUAGCAACCAAACAUCUGCGAGAAGGUGGGCUGCUCACACUGGCAGGGGCUAAAGCAGCACUGGGCCCAACUACAGGUUGUAUUGGUUAUGGUAUGGCCAAAGCAGCAGUACAUCAGUUAUGUCGGAGUCUAAGUGAGGAAAAAAGUGGUCUGCCUCAUGGGUCCGCUGCAAUAGCAAUACUUCCAGUUACUUUGGAUACGCCUAUGAACAGGAAAUGCAUGCCAGAUGGUGAUGUCAGUUCUUGGACACCACUAGAGUACGUAACAGAGUUAUUCUAUAAGUGGACUACAGGAAAAGACAGACCUCCUUCAGGAACCCUGAUGCAACUUGAUACUGCAGAUGGAAAGACGGUGGCUACACCAGUGCCAUGAUGGAUAUAGCGUAUGUGCAAUCAACCUUCAAAAGACACGAUUUCACACAAUACUGUUUGUGUGUGGCACUUUUUAUCUCAUUGCUUGUGUACUUGUAAAUAUGACUACAAAAUACCAUACGUUCUGUUCUUUACAAAAAAUGUUAAUACAUACAAUAGAAACGUCAAAGAGGGUAUAUAAGAUGAAAUAGCAAAGUAAUAUACAGUUUAGUUUUGAUAAGUUUUGCUUGUACAAUAUUUCAAGGUCUUUUUGAAAAACACACUGGCUGCUGCUGACCAUAGGAGGGCGCUGAUGGUUAAUUUAAUUACAGGUUCUCCUUUGGGUCCAUGCAGUAAAAAUGUAAUUACGCUAUGAUCAGACUGGAAUAACAAGUCAGCAUUAAGAAAGAUUGCAUUUUAAUGUGCUGAAGUAAUGCAGUUUUUCUGUUUAUAAACUAGGCUUUAUUGUAACAAAGUAUAAGUGAUUAUGGUAAUAAUAGCGUGACAAAGAAGAUAGAAAUUACUUUUAAUACAGGGUACACACUUUCUCUAUUUUUUGUAAAUCAAUACUGAAGUGCUGGAGUAUAUGCUGAUGAAUUCUGCUACUGGCUUGAACUCUGAUUAAAAUGAUACUGUACCUGCAGCUUCGAAGUGCUUUAAAGAAAGAGUUCCUGCCAAAAUAAAUUGAAUCACCCUUAUGCAUAACUAAAUCUUGGUUUGGUUGUUUUUUGGGUUCUGUGUAUCUUCUCUCCUGUUCUACCUCAUUCAGUCCUCCUAGAUUAAGAUCUAACUGAUCUGAAGUGACUCUCAUAUUAUGUGAAACCGCAGUGAUGUUUUCUUUUGGAUCUGCUGAAAUAAAAGCAAAUGGAAUAUUGCUGUACAUCAUCGGUAACACUGCAGUGGUAUUCAAUUGAUGCUCAGCUGUCAAUAAAACAUUUCUCACCAGUACACUAUUACCGACCUGAGCUGGUGACGGAUCAUUGAUCGGUCCCUUUACACCAAUUUCUGGAUUUUUUGUUUCUUCUUUGUGUUCCUCUAACUCAGAUUGGUUGUAUGUGCUAGCCACACCAAGGGAAUGCAAGACUCAACGAAUGUAUAUUUUGAUUGCACUUUGCAUAAAACCAUCUCAAUUGUGGUUAUAUAAUUGAGCUUUCUGAGAGGGUGCAAAACAACAGAUGCUUUGUAUUACUC